AAUUACCCUUUCACAAAACACCCACCACAUUUUUGAAUGUUUGUUAAUACAACAAAUAAAAGUCCGCAUCAGUCUUAUACUCUAAUAAAAACAUAUAUUAGGCAGAUUUUAUGUUGAAAUUAUGUCAAACACAAAUCUAUCUCAACUAGCAGCGGAUUUAAUGCAAGAUGAACUUCAAAGAGAAAAUUUGCCGUUGGAGAUCUUUCAAGAACUAUCCAAUGUUAUAUCUGAUUGGGUCAACUAUGAUGGCCAAUCCAACAGUGAAGUGGAUGAAUUAACAAAUUGCUUUCGAGUUUUGAGGAAUAGUUGUGUUAAUGGUGCAAGGAAUCAAAAUGAAAUUAUGAAGUUAUCCAUAGUAAGCAAGACAGUUCAAGUUCUGGAGAAACUAUCUGAGCAAAAUACUUCAACUCAUCAUACAGUUCUUCUUUGUGGGAAUCAAUUUCUUGGUAAUUUAAUUGCUGGGAAUUUGCUGAAUCAGCAGAAAUUGUGGAAAAUCAUCUUUCCUUCAUAUUUAAAAUCGAUUCUCAAGGUGGAUUCUCCUAAAGUAUUAUCAGCUGUUGUAAUGACAGUUUAUAACUGCAUUGGAAGUACUGAGUGUUUUGUUGAUGAAAUAUUUCAAGAUGAAUCUCCAACCAACAUAGCAAUUUCUAUCAUUGAAAAGUUACCUGCAGUUCAUGACCAGGACUGGGUGAUUCUCUGCAUCACUGAGCAUUUCUUGAAGUCUGAAGAAUUUCUUCCAUUAAUAUUUAACUAUGGAAGUAUCUCUUGCAAGUGUUCUACCCUUGACGUACUCAGCCAAUAUUUUGAAACAGGAGAUUCCAUACCACCAACUCACACCGCAACAUGCUUAUGGAACCAAUUUGCAAAGGAUUGCCAAGACAUUACUGCAAUGCAAGACCACACAAACCAGACAGCUAUGGUCACUACUAAGCUUCUACAUACUUUGUGCAUGGCUACUUCUAGUAGUGCGGAGGCAAGGAAAAGUUUAUCCAGUUGUUGUGCUGUGGAAGUUGUUGUCGACAUUCUCCGUCGUGUUGUCAUGGCUGGCAAACUGGAUAAAGCAAGCGUAUUCGCUCCUGCUGAAAAAGCUUCACCGGGAGCUGGCGCUAAAGAGCAAUGUAGUCCCGUAGCUGGCUUCAAACGAGAUCUUGUUCGUGUUAUCGGCAACUUAUGUUACAGGAAUCCGCCGUUGCAAAAUAAGGUUCGUGAACUGGAAGGUCUUCCGUUAAUCCUGGACAGCUGUAAUAUUGACGACAAUAAUCCAUUUAUCAGGCAAUGGGCUGUGUUUACCAUCCGCAAUCUGUGUGAAAAUAACGCAGAAAAUCAGGCAAUUCUGUCGCGUCUUGAGCGCCACUCAGUGGUAGAAAAUCCCAUCUUCCAAAACUCCGGGCUUGAGGUCGUGGAGUCGGAUGAUGGACACCUGUCAAUCAAACCUAGCACGUGACACCUAUGCUAAAGAAAUCACGACCUUUGUGGAAUUUUAAACCGUAUUUUAAUUGGUUGCAUUGCAUCAGAAUAAAAUUGUUGGUCAUUAUCGCUUUUACGUUUGUGGGAAAUAAAACUGCACAAAUAAACUAAAACGAAAAAAAA